CCAAGCCAACCUCCACACAACACACUUUGUUAUGUAUAUAGUUUGAUAAUCUUCUUCAUCUAGAGCGAGCUCUAUCUCCUCAAUAAUUAACUGUACUUUCCAUCAGUGCACUUCAGAGAGAAUAAGGAACAGUCAUGGUGCUUCAAAUGUCAACUCGACGUGCCAUGUCUUCCAUCCUCAACCGUUCUUUCCGUCUUCUUAGAGGUAGAGGACCAGUGUUGGCAUCAGGAAGUCAAAGGUUUGGCACUGCUGCAGCACUUGAUGAACCAAUCACACCACCAGUUGAGGUGAAAUACACAAAGCUCUUAAUCAAUGGACAGUUUGUGGAUUCAGCAUCAGGCAAGACCUUUCCAACCUUGGAUCCUAGAACUGGGGAAGUGAUUGCCCAUGUUUCUGAAGGUGAUACUGAAGACAUAAACCGUGCUGUUGCUUCUGCUCGCAAGGCGUUUGAUGAAGGGCCAUGGCCAAAGAUGACUGGUUAUGAACGCUCACGCAUACUUAAUCGGUUUGCUGAUCUGGUUGACAAACACAGUGAGGAGCUUGCAGCACUUGAGACUUGGGAUAAUGGGAAACCAUAUGAACAAUCUGCCCUGGCAGAAGUGCCCACUUUUUCUCGCUUGUUUCGUUAUUAUGCUGGUUGGUGUGACAAGAUUCACGGUCUGGUUGUUCCUGCUGAUAGUUCACAUCAUGUACAAGUUUUGCAUGAGCCAAUUGGUGUUGCUGGGCAGAUUAUACCUUGGAAUUUUCCACUUCUGAUGUUUGCUUGGAAGGUUGGCCCUGCGCUUGCAUGUGGUAAUACCAUUGUUCUGAAGUCUGCAGAACAAACUCCUUUAACUGCUCUUUAUGCAGCAAAAUUGUUCCAUGAGGCUGGGCUUCCUGACGGUGUUUUGAAUGUGAUCUCUGGGUAUGGUCCAACAGCAGGUGCAGCUCUUGCUAGUCAUAUGGACGUAGACAAGCUUGCAUUUACUGGAUCAACUGAAACUGGCAAGAUUGUACUUGAGUUGGCUGCUCGAAGCAACCUAAAACCGGUGACAUUAGAACUUGGGGGCAAGUCCCCUAUGAUUAUUUUGGAUGAUGCUGAUGUUGACAAGGCUGUAGAGCUUGCACAUUUUGCACUAUUUUUUAAUCAGGGUCAGUGCUGCUGUGCUGGUUCCCGUACAUUUGUACAUGAACAUGUAUAUGAUGAGUUUGCAGAGAAAGCGAAAGCCCGUGCCCUGAGACGUGUUGUUGGUGACCCUUUUAAGAAGGGUGUUGAGCAAGGUCCUCAGAUUGAUGAUGAACAAUUCAGCAAAGUCAUGCGCUACAUCAAAUCAGGUGUCAAUAGCGGGGCUACUUUAGAAUCAGGCGGUGACAGAAUCGGCGACAAAGGCUACUAUAUUCAGCCUACAAUCUUCUCAAACGUGAAGGAUGAAAUGGAGAUUGCAAAAGAUGAGAUUUUUGGACCUGUUCAAUCCAUUCUUAAGUUCAAAGAUAUUGAUGAGGUGAUUCGAAGAGCAAAUGCUACUCACUAUGGCCUUGCUGCUGGAGUUUUUACAAGUAAUAUCGACAAAGCUAACACAUUAACUCGGGCAUUGAGAGCUGGAACAGUUUGGGUUAAUUGUUUUGAUGUGUUCGAUGCUGCAAUUCCAUUCGGUGGGUACAAAAUGAGUGGGCAAGGAAGAGAGAAAGGGAUUGAUAGUCUCAAGAACUACUUGCAGAUAAAAGCAGUAGUUACUUCUUUGAAGAACCCUGCAUGGCUGUAAUUGUCUCAUGAACUUUCUGAUGCCAAUGUUUUUCAUUUCUCAACAAACAUGCCAUAAAUAAAGCCUGGCAGUUAUAUGACAUUAUUUGGCUUGAA